AUGCGCGUUCAAGACUACUGGGGCCGCUGCGGCACGCUGCGUUGGAUGGGGAAGCUCGAUAAAGACAAUGCGCUUAACAAGGAGACAGGUAAGCUCUUCGGUAUUGAGUACGACGACGAGAGUGCGAAUCCGGUGCGCAGCGACGGCACAUGGAACGGCCGCAAGUACUUCGAGUGCGAACCUCGUAAGGGCCUUCUUGUGAAGGUAGGUGAGGUCUAUCCCGAGAUCAUCACCGAGCAGGUGGCGAUGCUGCGGGAGUGCUUUGGCGAGCGUGUCGCAACAUGGCACGACUUUGAGCUGGCGAAAUUCUGCAUUGCACGCUGAUUCGACAUGGGAAAGGUCUAUGGGAUGAUAGAGAGGCAUCUGCAGUGGCGGGAGAGCUUCCGGCCGUGCGCUGACGAGUACUUCCCCCAGACGAUUUGCGAGGACUCUCCGUGUGACUACACAGGCACCACCGACUAUGACGAAAACCUCAUUUACUGCGAGCGUCCCGGUAAUGGCGGCCGCUGCCAACCGCCCGAUUUUGUGCGUAAGUACUCGCUGCGCGUAAUUGCGCGGUGGCACUCGUGCGUUGCCGAAAUGGGCAUUGUGCGCAUGCGUGCCACGGGCUACCGCUCCAAGCGAGUGUGCUACAUUGUGGAUCUUCUGAACGUGAAGGCUGUGUCGCGUUCGAUGAUCAACUUUGCUCAGACGCUGGCGACGGUGGAGCAGGAGAACUACCCUGAGAAUCUCAGGUGUGUCUUCAUCGUGAACUGUCCCGCGUUUUUCUGCUUUGCGUGGAAGCUGCUGAAGGUUUUCAUAGACGAGCGCACCAACAAGAAGACUAAUUUCUGCCCCCCGAACAAAGAAGUGGAUGUGAUGCUACCGGUGAUGCGGAAGGAAGACAUUCCGAACUUCUGCGGCGGGUCCAGUAACAAGUGGAUGGAGACGGCCAACGGAAUCAUCGGCUCAACGAAUCCGAAUAAGGUAUACAAGGAUGAGGGCUACAGAAUACCAUACGUAACAUGCGGCGAGCUGAAGGGAAUGCAGUCGCGAGCCGAGAAUGAAAUCUCUCUAGGGAGCCUCAACGAAGCUGUGACGCUGGCAGCCACGCGCUCGAUCGGGGCCUGA